CCAAAUUUUCAACAAAUAGUUCAAUUUUCUUGAUUCAAUCGUCACAAAUCCCAAGAAAACCAAUUCUUGCAAUAUUUUGGGACUUACCCAAGUUCUUGAAUUUGAGUUUUUGCUGAACAAAAAAAACAGAGCACAAUUAUGGAUAAACUUUUAACUUCAUUAUUUUCAUCAAUCUUGAUUUUAGGUCUAUUUUAUACUAGUUAUGGUCAGAAUCAAAAUUGCUCUGCUUUUGCAUUCAGAAAUAACCAAAUAUUUGCAACUUGUAAUGCUCUGCCUCUACUAAACUCUGUUCUUCAUUGGAGUUACCAUCCAGAUAACCAUACAGUUGAUCUUGCUUACAGACAUGGAGGUGUACCAAAUACAGAUUGGGUAGCUUGGGGUUUAAAUAUUGACGGAACAAGGAUGGUUGGUUCACAAUGUUUAGUUGCAUUUAGAAAUUCUAGUGGAGAAAUUCAUGCUUAUACUUCCCCUGUUUCUAGUUAUGGAACUCAGUUAGCAGAGGGGGCUUUGAGUUUCAAUGUUCCGAGAAUUGGAGCUGAGUAUUCGAAUAAUGAGUUUAUUAUUUUUGCAACUUUGGAACUUCCUGCUGGAAGGACUAGUUUUAAUCAAGCUUGGCAAAAUGGUGCUGUUUCUGGUCAGGCUUUGACUGCUCAUGUUCAGUCUGGUGAUAAUAUGAGGUCUUUUGGAAGUAUUGAUUUUGCUAAUGGAGAGUUAGGUGGUGGUGGUAGCUCAGUUACUUCUAGACAACGUAGAAGAAAUGUUCAUGGAGUAUUGAAUGCAGUAAGUUGGGGAGUGUUAAUGCCAAUGGGAGCAGUAUUUGCAAGGUACUUGAAGGUUUUCAAAGCAGCGAAUCCAGCGUGGUUUUAUAUACAUGUUGCUUGUCAAACUUCUGCCUAUAUUGUUGGCAUUGCUGGAUGGGGAACUGGUCUCAAACUUGGCAGUGAUUCUACGGGUAUCGAAUUCACUACUCACAGGAACAUUGGCAUCACUCUCUUUUGCCUCGGAACUCUUCAGGUAUUUGCUUUGCUUCUGAGGCCAAAGCCAGACCACAAGUACAGAUUAUACUGGAACAUCUACCACCAUGCUGUUGGAUACGCGGUAAUAAGUCUGGCCAUCACCAAUGUUUUCCAAGGAUUUGAUGCAUUGAAUGGACAGAAGAAUUGGAAGAGGGCUUACACUGGUGUGAUCAUAGCCAUAGGUGCCAUUGCUGUUUUAUUAGAAGCCUUUACUUGGUUCAUUGUCAUCAAAAGGAAAAAAACAGACUCUAACAAGCACACACAAAAUGGAACAAAUGGUACUGUUAAUCCUUAUGGAAAUGGGACUCAUCAACAGGCAUAAGUUAACUUAAAUAAUGUCACUUUGAACAUUUUUGUAUGUUUAUAUGUUUUUUGUUGUUUGGUCAGAUUUUGGUUCUUUUUUUCCUUCUUUUUAAUCUUUGCAGAUUGAUAUAUAUUCUUGUAUACAUCAUAUAUGUUGAGAGACCACCUAUUUGUGGUUUUAUUUAUUACUA